AUGGCCGGCUUGAGCUCGGUUCUCCAGGGCUACCCGCGCAACAUUGGCGGCUAUGCUUUUGAAUUCGUGACGCCACCGGCGGCCCUUGAAAUACUGCGGAGGGGCCGAGCGCUUCACCUUGGAGGGAAUCAGCUGACCCACAUCCCCGCCUUUGCCAAGGAUUCCCAGCACGUCACCGACGACGACAGAAAACACCUCGUGGAAAUCAUCCAAAGCCACCCGACCUUCAAAAAGAUCCUAAUCACGCAUGGCACCGACACGAUGAUAGAAACGGCCAAGUUUCUAAGGACUCAAUCAUCGCUACAAGAUCGGAUCAUAGUCCUUACAGGCUCAAUGACACCAGCCGUAUUCCGGGAUUCUGAUGCUGAUUUUAACAUUGGGAUGGCCUGGUCGGCUGUGCAGAGUUUGAAGGAACCGGGCGCCUAUCUCGCCAUCCAAGGCAUCGUCGCGAACGUCGAAAAUGUGGAAAGAAACCUCGAGACUGGCCAGUUCCUCAUCAACCCU